AGUAGGUUUUUAUCAACACAGUUCAAUUCAUUCUCAGAUUGGUUACACAGUAGAAGACACUGUGAUAAAGAUUGGCAAAAAAAUGUAAUAGUUAUUCGCGAGAAGAUCAGUGACGCAGUCCAAGAUAUGCCUGAAGAUGAAAGAAUAGUUGCAUUACUUCAAGGAUCGUAUAUUAAUUAUUUUCAUUGCGUUCGGAUAGUGGAAAUCUUAAAGGAAACAGAAAUUAAUACGAAAAAUUUUCUGGGAUAUUAUUCAUCACAAAGAAUGAGCGAUUGGAUGAAUAUUAAAAAGAUGUAUGAAAAAGGAAAUGUUUAUUUAGCAGAAGGAGCCCAAAUUCUGCAAAGAAUGGUUCAUUACGAAAUCCCAGCCCUGAAAAAACAGAUUUCGAAAAAUGACCAGAUAAUCCUGGACUGUAUAAAAAAAGAAAGGGAUAAUGAAAAGCAAAUGAUUGAUAGCAAAAAGCAGUACGAAAAGGAAUUGCUGAAAAUGGGACUUAAAGGUAUCCAUUUAAAAAAAGAAAUAUUGUCGUUGUUGAAUGAUUUACCAGCUUUUCUGAUUGAAGUAGCAAAAUCAAUGUCGAUUUUAGCCGAUCCACUUGCAUAUUAUGAACAAUUUCGAAAAUACAUACAUCAGUAUAAAGCGCCAGAUUGUGUUUUAUUGCCUUUAUGUAGUAUGUUGAUAAGGAAGGGUCCAAAUGUUACCGCUUAUGAAUGGAAAUAUGGUGCAGAACCAUUGCUAAUUGAAUUGCCUUCAUUGGAUAUUGUACCAGAUGAGAAUACUGAGAGCAGUGUUGACAAUGAAAUUGAUUUUGGUGAUGAUUCUGUGAAUGCUGACAACGAAAUUAACUAUCGUGAUGACGAUCUUAAAAUUGAAGUUAUUGAGGAUGAAAAAGGUGUUGUUUCUGAUGGAGUAGCUAGAGAUUUAGAUGCACUGACAAUAUUGGAAAAUCCUGAGACACGGCGCUUGAUUUAUUUUGAACUGAAAGAAGUAAUUCUCUUUGAGGAUUUUUUCUUUCCAUUGACUAGAUCUCUCUUUAUUCCUGCUUAUGCCUAA